CGUAAACAUGACAUGACCGGGGUCUCCUCUCCACACCCCAAACGUUCGAAACGUGUUAAGACAAUGUCGGUCUGAAACGUUACUGACGCUCCUCCUGCCCGUGAUUCACCUCAUCCAGAAUUCGGAGGAUCAUAGUUCAUAGCCUCCACUUUACUUUUACAGUAAACUAUGGUCGAAGUUUCCUCACCGCCUCCUCUGCAAACGAAUCGCGAAAUCUUCGAAGGAAGCUUUUCUGGUGCACAGGAUCGGCCGUUCAUACCCAAGCUGAAGUCCGAUUCAACGUCUCACCAUCCCAUAUCGCAUAGCCUCUGCGAGUUCCGCGAGCAGGAGGGAACGGAAAACCGCGAACGGACACUGUAUGCCCUUUGGAAACAUUUACCUCAUUCAAGCUAUCAUGGCUCGGAUACCGUGGCCACCCGGCCACAACUCAGUGACACAUUGACUUUACAUAGUGGGGAGGCGGACACCAUGCGGAAGAUCUAUGACGAUGAAUUAUUGGGGCGGUGCUGUGGUGGAGGGCAUAUGGCGGAUGGAAGGCCGACCCACAUACAAUGGCCUGAAUUUAGGAAGUACGCGGAGAGUAAGGAAGUUGAGUUGUGGACCAUCUUCCAUGACGAACUGGAUCUUGAUGGCAAUGGCUACUUGGACCCAGAGGAGCUGCGGAUCGCGUUGAGUAAGGCUGGCAUCAAACUCUCACCGGCCGGCCUGGCGGAGUUCAUGACGGUUUUAACAUCGUCACCCUGCUCACAUGCGGUCGACUUCCGAGAGUUCAGGAACUUCCUGCUUUUACUACCACGAAAGGCGUCCCCCUCUGAGAUCUACCGAUACUACAAGUGCAAGCGAUCCAUGAGCGAUGAUGGACUCGGUGCUGCUAAGGCAACGAUGGAAGGUGAUGUCAGUUUGGGCGCGAAUAACAAGCCGCCUCCAGCACCGUCAUCUUGGAACCCUACAGAGUAUACCCCAGUCGACGAUGAUGGCGACCACCCCGAAGAGGACGCAGAGGAACAUCAUGACUGGCUUCAAGGCAAGACGGCAAUCAAGUUCUUGUUAGCGGGAGGGAUCGCUGGUGCAGUGUCUCGCACGUGCACGGCCCCCUUCGAUCGUCUCAAAGUCUUCCUGAUUACUCGCCCUCCGGAAAUGGGCGGUACAGCACUAGGACCAAAACCUGGCGUUGGGGGCAUAAAGGCAAUAGGUGGAGCUGUAGCGCGCAUAUACGCUGAGGGAGGCGUCCUCGCGUUUUGGACGGGAAACGGGCUCUCUGUAUUGAAAAUUUUUCCGGAGUCCGCCAUCAAGUUCCUUGCGUACGAAUCUGCUAAACGCGCCUUUGCGAGACAUCGGGAUCGUGUCAGCGAUCCAAGAGACAUCAGUGGCAGUAGUCGGUUUUUAGCUGGCGGAAUAGGGGGAAUCACGAGUCAAUUGAGCAUAUACCCUAUCGAGACACUCAAGACGCAAAUGAUGAGCUCGACCGGCGACCAGCGGCGAAGUUUGGUGGAGGCGAUGCGACGUUUGUACGGCCUGGGAGGCAUACGAGCGUACUACCGCGGACUGCAGAUUGGUCUGGUUGGGGUGUUUCCGUACUCUGCCAUUGACAUGAGCACAUUCGAAGCCCUGAAAUUGGCCUACGUACGGUCGACUGGCAGAGAUGAGCCUGGGGUGCUCGCACUUCUCGCCUUCGGUAGUAUUUCGGGGAGCGUUGGCGCUACGAGCGUCUACCCCUUGAAUCUUGUCCGCACCCGCCUACAAGCUUCAGGAUCAUCUGGCCAUCCACAACGAUAUACUGGUGUCCGAGAUGUCAUCAUCAAAACAUACCAGCGCGAUGGUUGGAGAGGUUUCUAUAGGGGACUAUGUCCGACAUUAGCCAAGGUUGUCCCCUCGGUAUCGAUCUCCUAUCUUGUUUAUGAACAUAGUAAGCGAAGACUUGGUGUUUAGAGUUUCUCAGUGCAAACAGUGCCCACGAAUUAGUCCACCCCAACAGUCGAGUGGGACUUGCGCGGCAGUGCCUUGGGGCUGUUGAGCCCUGAAGAUAGCGCGAAUGCAUUGUCU